AUGUUUGAAAACGUGUAUGCCGAAUUUCUUGAGCGUCUCCGACUCUUCUCUUCGCCGCCUACUAUGGACGACGGCAAGCUAGCACUCCUCGUCACUACAGGCAUUAUGGUUGCCGUGUACUAUUCCAUCUCUACCCUAUGGGAAUACGUACAAAGCCGAAAAGCAAGUUUUCGGCCUAUGGUUGGAUAUCGCCACUUCCUAGAGCCAACAUGGCUAUUGGGUAUGAGAUUUACACGACACAGCCGAGAAAUGAUUGCCCAGGGUUACCACCAGUUCAAAAACAGUGCUUUCAAAGUCCGCUGCAACGACACCGACAUCGUAGUCCUUUCUCACCGUUUCGUGGACGAGCUUCGCAGCCUUCCAGAGGCCAAAGCCAGCUCCCCCCAGGCUCUCUACAACAAGGGCGUCGGGACCUACACCGGCCUCGGCAUUAUCCUUGAAAGUCGUCUCCACAUCGAAACUAUCCAGAAGAGGCUCACUCCAUCUCUGACCGCCGUCUUAGACGAGGUCAAGGAUGAACUCGAUCAUGCCCUAGCGCUAGAGAUGCCCGCGUGCACAGACAACUGGGUGUCUAUGGACAUGCACACCACCCUUGCCCGGCUCAUCAGUCGCCUCUCCUCCCGCGUCUUCGGCGGCAUGGAGCUUGCUCGCAACGAGGAAUGGAUUGAUGCGAGCACGAAAUACCCGGAGAAUGCAUUUGCGACGGCAAUGCUGCUGCGUAUGGUGCCGCGGAUGACUCGUCCUGCGCUUGCGCUGUGUCUACCGCAUUUCUGGCGGACGCAGGCGAAUAUUGCGUGCGCCAAGCGACUGGUUGGUGCGAUGGUUAAUCAGCGUCGUGUCAUGGAAGAUACAGACGGGGAGCUUUACGACCGGCCAAACGACUUGCUCCAGUGGAUGAUGGAUGCUGCUGACCCUCACGAUGCCACAGCUUCCAAGAUUGCGCAUCGUCUCCUGUUCGUGAGCGAUGCUUCGGUCAUGACGACUAGCCUGCUGACUACGCAGUGCAUAUAUGACUUGUGCGCGCAUCCAGAGUACUUUGAGAUCCUACGACAGGAGAUUCUUAGUGUCUUGAGAGAGGGUGGUAGCUUUCAAAAGACGAUGCUGCACAAAAUGAAGAAAUUAGACAGCUGUCUAAAGGAAUCACAGCGUCUAAACCCGCCGUUUUUGUUGACUUUUGACCGCAUCCUGCACCAGGAUCUGACUUUGUCCGACGGCACAAGCCUCCGUGCGGGAACCCACAUCGCCAUGGCUACCGAUGCAAUCUUGCGGGAUCCCGAGUUUCUCCCGCCCGGCAGCGCUAGCCCCGACGAAUUUGAUCCUUUGCGCUAUUAUAGGGCUCGCCAGGACCCAUCCCAGCCAGAAAAUGCUCAGAGAUUCCAGUUUGUGACCACAGAAAUCACAAGUUUGCCGUUUGGGCAUGGCAAGUAUGCCUGUCCCGGCCGCUUCUUUGCGAGUAGCGAAGCAAAGCUCAUUCUUUGUCAUAUGCUACUCCUUUAUGAUUUUGAAUUCAAAAAAGGCCAGACGCGCCCGCAGAAUCUGCUUUUUUCAGAAAAUUUGGUACCGGAUCCCAAGGCGAGAGUCUUGGUCCGUAAGAGGAAGACGGCAGACCAGGACUUGGCUCACUUUGCAUUAAGCGUGUAG